UUUGUGGCUCUGUUGGUUUGUUCCCUCUCCAGACAGAGGGAGAGACCAAACCAGUACAACACCUCCUGAAAACAUAUGUGGAAUGGUCUAACAUUACAAAAAUUUGUCACGAGGGAAGUUGCAAAAGAUCACAUUCAUGUUCUGAGAAACCAGCAGAAAAGAACCCAAUGGAAUGAACCACAAAAUUUCUACAUGCCUGCUAAUCAGCUUACCAGCACUCUGAGGAUACCAGAACUGUUCUCACCAAUUCUUUUCUCAUCAGAAGAAGCACAUGACCAAAAUGAAUGAGGUAGAACUCAACUACACAGAAUAUCCAGACUAUUCAUUUGAUUAUGAUCAAAUUCCAACACCAUGUGACAAGGGGGAAGUCAGAAACUUCACAAAAGUAUUUUUGCCAAUAGCAUACUCAAUUAUAUGUGUCUUAGGCUUAGUGGGUAACAUCUUUGUAGUAAUGACCUUUGCUUUAUAUAAAAAACCCAAGUCUAUGACAGAUAUAUACCUCUUCAACAUGGCCAUAGCAGACAUAUUGUUUGUUCUCACUCUUCCAUUCUGGGCAGUAAAUUAUGCUGCUGAAAAAUGGAUCUUUGGUGACUUCAUAUGCAAAAUUACCAGAGGUAUUUAUGCAAUCAACUUCAAUUGUGGUAUGCUACUCUUGGCCUUUAUCAGUAUGGACCGAUACAUUGCUAUUGUACAGGCAACAAAGUCAUUUAAACUUCGGGCUAGAAUGCUAGCAUACAGUAGACUGAUCUGUUUGACUGUAUGGAUAUCGUCAAUUUUAAUUUCCAGUUCCACUUUCAUAUUCAGUCAAAGCUACAGUCACUCCGUCAAUGAAACAGAAGAGAUUUGUGAACACAGAUCCAAUACAGAGACAAAAGGCACUACUUUGAAAUUAUUGCUGCUGGGUAUGCAACUUCUAUUUGGAUUUUUUAUCCCUCUGCUGUUUAUGGUAUUUUGCUAUGCAUUCAUUGUCAAAAGCUUGGUGAAAGCUCAGAAUUCCAAAAGAAACAAAGCAAUAUGUCUGCUUGUAUUAAUUGUGAUUGUUUUCCUGGUUUGCCAGGUACCAUAUAACAUGGUUCUUCUUGUGCCUGCCAUAAAUAUGGGUAAAUUGAAUAAACUGUGUGAUAGUGAAAAGCAAAUAGCCUUUGCAAAGUACAUUACAGAAGUCCUGGCCUUCUUCCAUUGUUGUUUGAACCCAGUGCUCUACGCUUUUAUUGGGGUGAAAUUUAGAAGUUACUUUCUGAAUAUCAUGAACGAUCUGUGGUACCUGAGAUACAAGAAAUACAAGACCAAGAGUUCAAGGAUAAAUUCUGAUACCUAUCACUCAAGGCAGACAAGUGAAAUUAUGAGUGGCAAUGUGUCAUCCUUUACUAUGUAAUAUAACUUCAACAUUAUUACGGAGGAGCUUUGAUUAUAUUCAUCCACCAAUCCAAACCAAUCUCAUUAUUCAUGUCACAGCUAGUGAUUUGACUUUCUGACACCCUAAAUAGUAUUUCCUAUGAUCUACAGCUCCCUCCAUCAAAACAAUUAACAUAAACAGAAGAAUGACACCACUAUGGAAAACUCGUAUUAAUCACUGUCUAGCUAAUGUUUAUGCUGUUUUCAAAUACAGGCACUUAAAAUUCUCCAGAGAGCUAAAUUUAUCAAGCAACUGCCUUCAUUCUAAUGAAAAAUUGCAAGUUUGAUUUGAACAUUGCCUUGGUAUUUUGGUUUUAAAACAGGGCUCAAGUCAGUUAUCUCGUAUCAUAACCAUUUUGAUAGAAUAACAAUUUUAAAAGAAUCAGAGAGGCAAAUUCAUGACCAGCCCAACUCCAUUUAUACUUAUGUUAUUAUUAAUUAUUUAUAUUGCAGUAGAGUCUUGAGGUCUUGACUAAGACUGGGACCCCUUUGUGCUAGCAUGGUGUAUACACAUAGUAACAGUCUGUCCCUGCACCAGUGGGGCCAAGAUAGAUAGAGAAUGGGAAGGGACGUGCUCAAGGUCACAUAACAUGUCUGUGGUAGAAUGGUCUCCUGAGUCCCCAUGCAGUCCACUGCCCUAACUACUGACUGCUGCCUCCCUCUAUAGUUGUGCCUUGUUAUGUCAGCACUGAAUUAUCCAGAGCCAGGGCUACUGAAGGGAAUAGUAUGGGGUUUUUUUAAAUACACGCUGAAAGGUUUUGUAACAUCUCCUCAGUUUUUAUCAUCUGUGGAACAGAAAAUCAGGUUUACUUGAGAAGAGAUAUUUUCCUGAUUUGGCAGUGGAAUUUCAGGUUGUAGACUCCUCUGAAACUGACCAUUUUGUAAAUUUGUCCUUGAGAAAGAAAAAUAUUCAGAGUGGUGUUUUGGCCUAUUUGCUUUAUUAAAUGAAAUUUUAAAUUCACGUGAGUGAUUUCUGUUUUUCAUUGAAGAUGGCCUAAGAGGGCAGUAUUUGGCUCACAUGAUACUCUAUUUUAUUUUAUUGGACAAACAUGGAGAAAAAUCCUGAAGUCUUUUCUCAGUACGUAUUAGGCAUUAAAAUUCCUGUUAGGCUCAAUUGUGCUACCUGCUAAACUGAUGCAAAUCUGGAGUAACUCCACAGACUUCAGAAAUUGAUAUGACUGAGAGCAGAAUUUGGCUCAUUGACUGCCAUGUAACUCAGAGUUAAUACUGAGUAAGGACUUCAGUAUUUGACCCGUUAUGAAUAAACCUUGAAUACUUAUACAAUAAACUAUAAGAAUUAUUAGUCAGUGCUGGAGGCAUACAGUACAGCGUAAUCAUAAUUCAGCAUUAAACUGGGAUACAUCUGUUAUGCAAUUUAGCUAUUUCUCACAUUUUAUAUUGACACAAGAUUUCAACAAUAAAGAUUCAGGAUGGAACUUAACUGAUUUUUUAAAUUAUGCACAACACUCAGAAAAAUAUGUAAAUAGCACAGCUACCUUAAAACGGUUGUUACAGUUUCUUUGAUACUUCUGUUUAGUUAAUUAAAAGUUCUGUUUGCUGUGGGAGCUCAUAAAAUUGCAACAGAGGUCAGAAGAGAACCAGAGAAGAAGUCCCAUUCCUUCAUAAACGGUUUGGUAGGAGAAUAUUCUAGACAGGAGCUUGGAAUCUUUGAGGGAAUGAUUUUGGUUCUGAAGUUACUAGCAGGCAAUCAAUUUCAGUCUGAAAUGGAGGGUGGAGGGAAAAGUGUAGAAAGGAGCAAAAGCAGCUGCUUUGCUUCACUCUCUACAAGCACAGCUCCUUUGCAGAACAGCUGAAAUGUGAGGAAGUGACUAGCUAGAUCCCAAUAGAUGUCUGGGGAAUAGUUUCUGCAUGUGGACUGUUCCCUUCUCAGAUCAGUAUAAGUUUUGGCUUUGGCAGAGUAACUACCCUUGCGUGAUUUUAACUGGCUGAGGAAGGUGGAAGCAGAUUGGAGCCAGCAGAGUGCCUGCCAAUGGCAGCAUGAGAGGGCCAAGAGCUGGUGCUGAUGGGGUACUGAGGGAGAACACAGAUGGGACAUGCUACAUGGGGACUGUUCUCAUUGGAGAAAUUCAUCAAUGUUUGUAAAUUAGUUUGAGAUUUUCAGAUAUAAAAGUUAAGUCUAUUUUUUUUUACUCGCUUCAAAUUUGGAAAUUAAAUAUGGCUUUUAUUGUUAAUUAACUGUAAAUUAUACAAACAUGAUACAAAAAUACAUAUAUUUAUUCAUAUAUAGCAAAGCAUUCUUACUAGUAGAAAUUCCAGCAAAUAAAACUUUGAUAACUGAUUGGCAGAAAAAUAAUACAGUUCUGUCUUCAUUAUCCUAACAUUAAAUAGCUGAAACAGGGUCACUUGAUUAUAUUGAAAAUUCCUUAUUCAUCUUAAAAACUCUAUUAUACAGCCUAUUCAAUGUUUCCUCCUUCCCCUAUCAUUAGAUACAAGACUUUUAACUGUAUUUUGCUGUUUAUAGUAGAAAAUACCAUUUAAAAUGUGUUUAAUAUUACUUCUAUGGCUUUUGCAAAUGAACGUGGAACUGUAACAGAUUUCCUAGGUAGUGUUUGGAAAACCUGUAUAAAUAAGAUAUGCUUAUUAUAGUUUAUAUUCUGUGUAUAUUA